AUGACAUGGUGUAUGCGACGUCGAUCCGGGACAAUCUGUCUCUCCUUGGCCUUCAUAACCAUUUUCCUCCACCUCCUGCUAGCGCUUGUCACACUUUCCUUUCCUCACCUGCCUUGUGACUCCCCACUGCCACCCAAGACACACGUCAGGGAUUUGGCACACACAAGCUACACCUCAGUGGGGGUCAGAGGUCUUGCAGAGCCACCAACUGAUACUGUUCAAAGGGAUUCUUCCAAUCAAGAUGGCGAAAGGGAAGCAAAAAUAAAUGUUCAAAGACUUCCGUACAAACACUUAAUUUCGAAAGGAGGAAAACAUGGCCUAAAUAACAACACAGUGAGGGUUGGUAACCAAACUGAACCUUGGGAGUCCGAUUUGCUAAAACUGAAAGCACUGUUUGACCAUCCACUUUACAACAUGCCCAGACCUGCUGUUCCCGAGGAUGACUGGCUUAUGAAAGUGAAACCAAAGGUCAAGCCAAUUGAGAGGAGCUCGCAGAUGUGGGAAAGCGACACCCAGGAUGGAUAUGAUGAUGUCCAGUGGAACAGCAGCAGUAGCAGCCAGCCUCCAUGGCUGCGCUUCCAUCUGGGCAUUACACGGUGGGAGCUCUACCCACACCGCGACCCCAACAUGGAGCUUUUAACCCAGCAGCUUCCCACACAUCGCAUCGUCAGUACAAUGCAGAAAUCUGGGGGAACACAACUAAAGCUGAUUGUGUCAUUUUCCAACUACGGACAAGCUCUGCUGAAACCUAAAAAGCAGGAGAGAGAUGAAGAGACUAACUACAAUCUUUACUACUUCUCUGACUUUGAGAGACACAAUGCAGAAAUAGCAGCCUUUCACCUGGACAGGAUCUUAGGUUACAGGAGAAUCCCUCCUGCAGUUGGGAGGCUGGUGGAUGUGGUAAAGGAGAUCAAAGAUGUCACAACUGACCGCAAAUUGGCAAAAACCUUCUUUAAUUCCCCUGUGGGCAACGUGUGUUUCUUUGGCCAGUGUUCCUACUACUGCUCCACGGAGCACGCUGUGUGUGGAAACCCAUGGGACCUGGAGGCCUCGUUGGCUGUGAUGCUGCCAGAUAUCUCUCUGGCCAAACGCAGGAGCUGGAGGUCCCCAUGGAGACGCUCAUACAGCCGCAGCAAGCUGACAAAAUGGGAGACAGAUCCUGAUUACUGCGCAACUGUGAAGAAGACCCCUCCAUAUGACAAAGGCACAAGACUGUUGGACUUCAUAGAUUUGGUCAUAUUGGAUUUCCUGAUGAGUAACAUGGACAGGCAUCAUUAUGAAACUUUCGAGAAGUUUGGCAACAAUACUUUCCUGCUGCAUCUCGACAACGGGAGGGCAUUUGGGCGUCACUCAAAAGAUGAAUCUUCAAUUUUAGCUCCAUUACAACAAUGCUGCAAAGUCCGUCGUUCCACUUGGCUGCGUCUCCAUCUCCUGUCUUUGCCUCAGUACCACAUAAGUGACGUCAUGAGAGCGUCACUGUCACAGGAUCCGCUUCACAAGGUGGCUCCGCUGCUGUCUGAGCCUCACCUCGCGGCUCUGAGUCGACGACUGAAAACUGUCCUGGAGACAGUAAGUCGUUGCCAGGAGCAACAUAAAGAUGGCGGAGGGGCUGAAGAUGUCAUCUAUGAUGACCUUGUGGAUCUCAAAUAGAGAAUGAAAUGGAUGAGCUGCUAAACAUGUUCUUCUUAUGUUAUCUGUAAUUAUACACAGUCCCUGAUGUUAUUUCCAAAUCUAAAUUACAUUUCAUGAUUUCCUAGUUACAGUAACAUGUCACCUAUGAACAGAACACAAUGAUGCAGUUAGGCUGACCCUAAAAACCUUUUAAUGAUCAGUAGCUGUCAUACCUAUUGCAGUGUAGCUACUUAAAUAGAGCAGUGCUAGAAAUAAAGAGUCUAGUUUGUAGGUUGCAUAAUACUGUUACAAUAUAUUGAUGUUGCAAUGCCCUGAUCUGAUCACUCUGUCAGCAGUGACUCUGUCCUGCCUCUGUUACCAUUUGAAAACUCUUGACAAGUGCAAUGUGCAGUCUGACAGAGGUCUGGAUCUCCAGCACCAAGGUGCCAACUCAUGAGAGCUCUAUAUUGUCAACCCACUGUGAAUAGUAUUCUGCUGUGUGUGCGUUCCCACUGCUACUGUGUUCCAUUCCAGUGAUUGUAUUUUAUUAUUAUUCUGUAAUUUAGCAUUAAAAAUCCAGCUUUCAGAUAUACUG